AUGACCAAUGGUCCACCACCUUGUCCAUUAGCUAAACAGGUUAUGGAUAGAUUUGCUGCUGCUAGGAGGAAGCUAACAGAGCAACAUAUGCAACAUAUGCAGCAGCAGCAAAUGCAGCAGCAAAUGCAGCAGCAAAUGCAGCAACAUAUGCAGCAACAUAUGCAGCAAGAAAGGGACAGGGAGAUACACGAACAGCAUAUGCAGCAACAACAGGAUAAUAUACAAGGAUAUGCGCAAAUGCAUCAGUUGCUGCAGCAACAGCAACAGCAACAGCAACAGCAACAGCAACAGCAGCAGCAGCAAAAGGAAGAAAAAGGAGGAAAAAAAACAAAAGGAUUAAAAAAGAGUAAAAGUCUAAGACAAAGACAGCAGCAGCAGCAAAGACAGCAGCAACAGCAGCAUAUGCAGCAACAUAUGCAGCAAAUACAGCAGCAAAGAAGAAGAAUAGCAGGAGAUCAAGAAGAAGAACAACUAAGAAUUCUUCAAGGAAUACAGAUGGAGAAGCAGCAGGAAUUAUUAAUGCAGCAGCAGCAGCAGCAGCAGCAGCAGCAGCAAUUACAAUUGCAGCAGCAACAGCAACAGGAACAAUUGCAGCAGCAACAGGAACAGCAGCAGCAGCAAUUGGAACUGCAGCAGCAACAAGAACAGGAACAGCAACAAUUGCAACUGCAACAGCAACAGGAACAAGAGCAGCAGCAAAUGCAGCAGCAGCAACAACAGCAGGAACAGCAAUUCCUGCAGCAGCAGGAACAGAAGCAGCAAUUGCAACAGCAGCAGGAGCAGCAAUUCCAGCUGCAGCAGCAGCAGGAACAACAGCAGCAGGAACAACAAUUCCAACUGCAGCAGGAACAGCAGCAGGAACAGCAGCAGGAACAGCAGGAGCAACAAUUCCUGCAGCAAAACCAGGAGCAGCAAUUCCUGCUGCAGCAGCAACAGGAGCAGCAAUUCCUGCAAAAGCAGAACCAGCUGCAGCAGGAGCAGCUAAUGCAACUGCAGCAGCAGCAGCAGCAGCAAAGGCAACUGCACCAGGAGCACCAGGAGCAGGAGCAGCAGGAGCAGCAGGAGCAGCAGGAGCAGCAGGACCAGGAACAGCAGGAGCAGGAGCAGCAGACGCAACUGCAGCAGGAGCAGGAACAGCAGGAGGAGCGGCAGCAAACGCAGCUGCAGCAAGAGCAGCAAGACCUGCAAGACCAGCAGACGCAACUGCAGCUGGAGCAGCAGGAGCAGCAGACGCAACUGCAGCAGGAGCAGGAGCAGCAGGAGCAGGAGCAGCAGGAGCAGCAGAUGCAACUGCAGCAGGAGCACGAGCAGCAGGAGCAGGAGCAGCAGACGCAACUGCCGCAGGAGCAGGAGCAGCAGGAACAGGAGCAGCAGGAGCAGGAGCAGCAGACGCAACUGCAGGAGCAGGAGCAGCAGGAGCAUGAGCAGCAGGAGCAGCAGAUGCAACUGCAGCAGGAGCAGCAGGAGCAGGAGCAUGAGCAGCAGGAGCAGCAGAUGCAACUGCAGCAGGAGCAGGAGCAGCAGGAGCAGGAGCAGCAGGAACAGGAGCAGCAGACGCAACUGCAGCAGGAGCAGGAGAAGCAGGAGCAUGAGCAGCAGGAGCAGGAGCAGGAAGAGCAGCAGAAACAGCAACAACAGCAGCAAGAGGAGGAGGAACAGCAGCAACAGCGAGAGGAACAAGAUGCUACACUUGCUGCUGUAGCCCUUGCUGCUCCACCAGCUGCUGCUGCAGCACUUGCAGCAGCAGCAGCAGCAGCAGUUGCUGCAGCAGCAGAGCAGGGGGGAGAUGCAAGAUGGCAAGCAGCAGGUGAAGCCGAUCUCAAGAGAGACGGGAAGAGCGAAGAAAUAUAUCUUGCUGCUGCUGCUGCUGCAGCAACAGCAGCAGCAGCAACAUCAGCAGCAGCAGCAACAUCAGCAGCAGCAGCAACAGAUGCUGCUGCUGCGCAGGCCCGCAUGAGGGACAAGAAGACCCAAGGAGAUUGGGGGUUUAUUCAAUACAGAAAGAUCUAUUCAUGCAUGCAUGCAUGUAGCAGCAGCUUCUGCUGCAAUAACAGCAGCAGCGUGAACAGCAUUUGCAGUGGUAGGAAGACGAAGGAUUUUAUUUCCGUAAAGGAAGGGGUGCAGCAAAUGCUGCAGCAACUGCAGCAGCAACAGCAGCAGCAGUAG